AUGACAAAAUUAACCGAGCAAUAUCAACUUGGCGAACCCUUUGAUAUUUAUACAUUUUUGAAACGUUUUACUAUGGAUACUAUAUGGUCAUGUGGAUUUGGUCUUGAUAUAGACAUGCAAAACAAUCCGAAUGAUUCAUAUCUUAUUCAAUCACAACGUGUAUUCAGCUCAGAAUAUUGCUUAAUGGCUGUCGGCUAUGAAACAACAAGUACUGCACUAGCUUAUGCUUCUUAUGUUCUUGCAACUCAUCCAAAUGAACAACUCAAAUUACAAGAACAUAUUGAUUCUCAUUUCCAUCCGGAUACAGACAAUGAUAUACCCACUUAUGAAACAAUCUUGAAAAUGGAAUAUUUAGAUAUGUUCAUUCGAGAAGUUCUUCGUAUGUAUCCAAUUGUACCAGUUGUCAUCAAUCGACAAAGUACAGAAGAUUUUCAUAUUAGUCAUGUCGGUACGAUUCCUGCUGGAACAAUUGUCACUGUUGAUAUUUAUAGUGUACAUUUUGAUCCUGAUCUAUGGGGUCCAAUUGAUCCGAACGUAUUUUAUCCAGAACGAUUUGCUACAAAAUGGCAUCCACUCGCAUGGAUUCCAUUUGGUAUCGGACCACGAAAUUGUGUUGGCAUGCGCUUUGCAUUGAUGGAAAUGAAAUUAGUUCUUAUUCUCUUGCUAAAAAUUUACUCAAUUAUUGAUUGUGGUGAACAAACACAGAGAUCAACUAAAGAACUGGAUGAAAUGGUUGUUAUUUCACCGAAAAAAUGUUAUAAUCCUCAUCAUGACCGUGAACAUCUUUUGAUAAUUCCAUCUCAUCAGACACCAUUGAAUCGAAUUUGCGUACCUGAAUUACGUCGUAUCAAAGUUGAAAUUUCUGCAUACAUUGAAGGAAUAUUAUGUUAUUUCGAAGAUCUCUAUCGUUGCGAACAACUUGAACAAUUUACAUUACGUGGUCGUGUAAAUUUUAGCAAGAAUGCUGAUCUUCCCACUGCAUAUAACUUACAACGAUGAAAUCAAAUCUGUCUUAAUCUGCCAAUUCUACUCUAUGUUGCUCAACGAGCACCACGUUUUUGCGAACUGGAAGUUCAGGCGACACUUGCAUUUGGUCUUGCUCUUUCAUUCAAUAUCGAACUUUGUACAUAUCUUGCCGAUCAUCUUGAAGUACUUCGUUUCUGUAGUGAAGAUAGAACAAGUUCCUUUCUUGAAUUGGUUCAAGUUGUCGAUACUAUUUACUCUUAUUCGUCAUCAUCAUCACUAAAAAAGUUAACAAUCUUCGUCGAUGCUGAUCCAGCGUCAUGGCUCACACUGGACCAUUUUCAAAGUGGACUUCGACUUGUAUUCAAUCGUUUUCCAAAACUCAUUCAUUUCACAUUGUUUUGUUGUCGGAUAGAACUAUUCAAAAAUACCAUUUACGAUUUGACUGCAUUGGCAUCUGAAUGGUAUAAAGGAAUGGACUGUCCUCGAUCAUGGAGUUGGAGAUCCAAACCACAUAUAUUCGAUAUUUGGUUUUAG